AUGGCAGCCGGGGGAAAGGCCAGGACGCCGCAGCAGGAGGACACAAAGGGCGGACCGAAAAAGCGCGGGCGCAAGCAGGACGACUCGCUGCCUCCCUCACGCUCUCGCGAUAUCCAGCGCGCCUUUCGUGCUCGCCGUGCGGCCUUGCUCGCCAACCUCGAGGCACGGGUCGUCUUUCUCGAGGCGGAGAACAAGGAGUUGCGGAGGAGGCUUGGACUGCCAGCGGAUGGGCCGCCCGUAGCUGGCGAGGAGCCAGAGCUGGUCGGCGUCGAGUCUCCGACGAGCGGGACGGUGUCGGUUCCAGGCGGGAAAGGCUGGACGCCGUCGGCGAAUGGUGCGACGAAGGGCAACGCGCGCAAGCGCCGGGUGUCGGAGGCGAUCACCGAGGACGACGGCGAGGACGAUGUGGAUCAUACAUCCCCGUCGACGUCGACUCGCGGCCUCGAGUGGGAAGCGGCCGCAGCUCUGGCGGAUCCGCAAGUCGGAGCGGCUGCCGAGGUCCUCAUGAUGGGUCGUUCGGCGCCGUCGUCUGCCGCGCCUAGUCCGACAGAGGACCAGACGCAGGCCAUCGCGCAGCAGCGGAACGGAUAUCCUCCGCCGAACGGCUACACGCCUCUCCCGCCUCCUCCUCCUUUCGCGAAUGGUCACGCCUACCCAGCCGAGCCGCUCCCUCCGCCCGGCGUCUACUCCCCGGCAUCGGGACAGCACCAGUAUCAUAUGUCUCACUACCAGAACGGCUCGAUGCCUCAGCAGUUCCAGCGCUACCCGCCUCAGCAGCCUCAGCAGCAGUGGCAGUACCCGCCAGGUGCUCAGCCGCUCCAGCAAGGGUUCCCGCAGUCGCCGUUUGGCUAUCAGCAACUUCCGCAUGCGCCGCAAUCCCAGCCUCCUCUACCUUCGCCCUCUCACCCUCACCAAUCGUUCCCUUCCCCUCAGUCUCAGCAGUUCCCUCACCCGGUCUUCCCACAACCUCAUGCUUUCCCUCAGCCGCCUCCACAGCAGGCCGCUCCACCUUUCCCUCACUACUACCAGCAACAGCCUGGUCCGUUCUCUCCCGUCCCUCAGGACCGCCGCCCAUCGACUUCGCAGUACCCCGUCGUCCUCCCCCCCGUCUCGUCCUUCGGCCAACCUCCCGCUCCGCUCGUCCCCUCCCCCUCCGAGCCACGCACAUCCGUCCCGUCUUCCUCCGCCUCGUCGCUCGCCUUCGGUCACAUCAAGCAAGAAGACGGCGCCGAGUCGGCCGACUCGCUCAUCACAGACGAGCACGACACGAUCGCGAAACAACGCGUCUUCCUUCUUCGAUGCUGCAACCUGUCGCCCGAACCGUCGGCUGAGGAAGCGUCCAGCCCGCGCGAGGCGAAGUAUCGCGCGUUCUGCGUGCGGCUGAUCGAGGGCGUCAUCGAGGCUGCGAGGAAUGGACGGGUCGCCGGGCUGGGAGCGGGAAGCGCGGAAAAGGCCAAGGCGAGGGCGACCAAGUUGCCCUGUUGCGAUGGGGUUAUGAGCUGCCAGGCCGGCACGGAGGGAUGUCAUGCGGCGUCUGAUGUGGACGCAGAGGGAAAGAAGGUUGGGGAGGAGGUGAAGGAGGCAGCGGAAGAGGCAGAGGAAUGUUGCGGCGGGUUGAUCGAUUGCUCGGCCCCCUUCUUCGACGACACGCCUUCGUACCCGGACGAGACCGCGCCGAACGGAGCCAAUCCCUCAUCCUCUCCUAACACCGACUCGAAGGAGCUGCCCGCCUCUGCACCAGCACCCUUCCCCAUCCUCCGCAUCGCGACCUACCUUCCUGUCCGCGAAGCGUUCGACUCGCUCGAGCACUACAUGACUUCCCCUCUCGCGCCUCCGUCAGACUCGCGCGGCCUCCAAUCGCCCGGCGCACUCGCCUCGAUGCUCUUCGACGGCUACCCUCCCUCUUCGUCCGACUUGACGCACGCCGAACCCGACCCUCCACACUUCGCCAUCGGCGGUUCGGAGGAACUGCGCGUGUGGCAGACAUGCGUCGAGCUCACGGCCAAGGGUGCAGAGCUCAAGCGCCUUGUCGAGACGGGCGAAUGCAGCAUGCAGGAGGCGAUGAGGCGGACGGAGAUGGCGGAGGCGGCGGGCGUGCAGAGCGUGACGAUCGCGCCUAUCAAGAGCGCGGCGGCCUCUCGAUGCGCCGGGAGGAAAGGGUGUUGUUGA